CCCUGCCGCUCCCGGGGCGCUCACCCCGAGCCUCCCGCAGACGCAGCGCCAUGGGCCGAGUGAUCCGCGGGCAGCGCAAGGGCGCGGGCUCCGUGUUCCGCGCGCACGUGAAGCACCGCAAGGGCGCCGCCCGCCUGCGCGCCGUGGACUUCGCCGAGCGGCACGGCUACAUCAAGGGCAUCGUGAAGGACAUCAUCCACGACCCGGGCCGCGGUGCGCCCCUCGCCAAGGUGGUGUUCCGAGACCCGUACCGGUUCAAGAAGCGCACCGAGCUGUUCAUCGCCGCCGAGGGCAUCCACACGGGCCAGUUCGUGUAUUGUGGCAAGAAGGCCCAGCUCAACAUCGGCAACGUGCUCCCGGUGGGCACCAUGCCCGAGGGCACCAUCGUGUGCUGCCUGGAGGAGAAGCCCGGGGACCGUGGCAAGCUGGCCCGCGCUUCCGGCAACUACGCCACGGUCAUCUCGCACAACCCCGAGACCAAGAAGACGCGGGUGAAGCUGCCCUCGGGCUCCAAGAAGGUCAUCUCGUCGGCCAACAGGGCGGUCGUCGGGGUGGUGGCCGGCGGCGGCCGCAUCGACAAGCCCAUCCUCAAGGCUGGCAGAGCCUACCACAAAUACAAGGCGAAGCGAAACUGCUGGCCGCGUGUGCGCGGAGUGGCCAUGAACCCCGUGGAGCACCCCUUCGGAGGCGGCAACCACCAGCACAUCGGGAAGCCGUCUACCAUCCGCAGGGACGCCCCGGCCGGCCGCAAGGUGGGCCUCAUCGCGGCCCGGCGCACCGGGCGGCUCCGGGGAACCAAGACUGUGCAGGAGAAGGAGAACUAGUGGGAAUAAAGUGCUUCCUGCCA